CAAAAAUAAGGCUUAAAAUAUAUUUUAAAAUUAUUUGCAUUCGCCACGUUUUAGCCGGAGAAUUUUGAAAGGAGUGUUUCUGCGAUGGCCCUUCUCCGGCGAGACUCCCUGGUAACCAGGCAGCUGCUGCGGCUGGUUCUGUUGCACACAGCCUGGGAGGUGGGCAGCGGCCAGGUCCGUUAUUCCGUGCCGGAGGAAUCCAAACACGGCACCUUUGUGGGCCGCCUGGCCCAGGACCUGGGGCUGGAGGUGGCGGAGCUGGUGUCUCGGAUGGUCUCCAGCGGCAGGAGAGACUAUUUUGAGGUAAAUUUGCAGAGCGGCGUUUUGUUUGUUAAUUCGCGACUAGACAGGGAAGAGCUGUGCGGCCAGAGCCCCCUGUGCGCCAUUGACCUGGAGGUGAUAGUGGACAAACCCCUGAGGCUAUUUCACGUGGAAGUGGAGAUACAGGAUAUCAAUGACAAUGCUCCUGCUUUCUCAAUAAAUGAAUUAAAUCUGUUUAUAUCAGAAUCAAGACUGCCGGGUUCGCGUUUCCCACUAGAGGGCGCUUCUGACGCAGAUAUUGGUACAAACUCUCUGCUAACCUAUAGACUGAGCUCUAAUGAAUUUUUCACUCUAGAUGUACAAAAGAAAAACGACAAAAGCAAAUCUUCUGAGCUAGUGUUAAGGAAGUCUCUUGAUAGAGAGGAAAUCCCUCUUCAUAAUUUAUUACUUACGGCCACUGAUGGGGGCAAACCGGAGCUCACCGGCACAGUUCAGCUGGUGAUCACUGUGUUAGAUGUGAAUGAUAACGCGCCUGUCUUUGGUCAAUCCGUGUAUGAGGUCAAUUUAACGGAAAAUACAACGGUUGGGGAGUUAGUCAUCAAACUCAACGCCACCGAUUUGGAUGAGGGGAUUAAUAAGGGUAUUGCAUAUUCCUUUAAUACUCUUACUGUUCUCGAAGUAAAAGACAUGUUCAGUAUAGAUUCUCGUAGUGGAGAAAUUAGAAUAAAAGGAGAAUUGGAUUUUGAAGGUACUAAAUUAUAUGAAAUUCAAGUCCAAGCUACAGAUGAAGGUCAGGCUCCAAUGGUCGGACAUUGCAAAAUUUUGGUGGAAGUGUUAGACGUGAACGAUAACGCCCCUGAGCUGGCCGUGACUUCCCUUUCCCUGCCGGUGCCGGAGGACGCUCCCCCGGGGACAGUGGUGGCUCUUAUUAGCGUCUCUGACCGGGACUCGGGAGACAACGGCAAAGUCACCUGCUCCAUCCCCCCGAACCUGCCCUUUCGGCUCGUCUCCACCUUUAAGAAUUAUCACUCGCUGGUGCUGGCGGAGGCCGUGGAUCGGGAGCGAGUGUCUGAAUAUAAGCUCGUGGUGACAGCCAGAGACGAAGGGGCCCCGUCUCUGUCGGCCAGCAGCAGCAUUUUGGUGCCGAUCGCGGAUGUGAACGAUAACGCCCCCGCUUUCCCUCAGCCCGUUUACACGGUGUUUGUGAAGGAAAACAACCCGCCCGGGGCCCAUCUCUUGACCGUGUCGGCCUCGGACCCGGACCUGAGGGAAAACGCCUUUGUGAGCUACUGGGUGGUGGAGCGAAGCGUGGGAGAGCAGCCCCUGUCCAGCUACAUCUCGGUGCACUCGGAGAGCGGGCACAUCUAUGCCCUGCAGCCCUUUGACUACGAGGAGCUGCAAGUGCUGCAGUUCCAGGUGAGCGCGAGGGACGCCGGGUUCCCGUCGCUGUGCGGGAACGUGACUGUGCAGCUCUUUGUGCUGGAUGCAAAUGACAACGCGCCCGCAGUGUCCCCGGCCGGCUCCGUCGGCGGCUCGCCAGGGCCCGAGCUGGUUCCGCUGUCGGCCGGCGCAGGGCACGUGGUGGGCAAGAUCCGAGCGGUGGAUGCGGAUUCCGGCUACAACGCGUGGCUUCGCUACGAAGUGCAGGAGCCCGGGGCUGCGGGGCCUUUCCGGGUGGGUGUGUACAGCGGGGAGAUCAGCACGACGCGGGCCUUGGAGGAGGCGGACGGCCCCAGCCAGAGACUCGUGAUCCUGGUGAAGGACCAUGGGGAGCCGUCGCUGUCAGCGACAGCCACUGUCAGCCUGUCCCUGGUGGAGAGUCCCCAGGCUGUGAAAUGGGACUCGAGGCCAAGGGGCGGGAGCGAAGGGCCCUUGGUUGACAUGAACGUGUCUUUAAUGAUCGCCAUUUGCUCGGUGUCCGGGCUGUUUGUGCUGGUGAUUGUCGUGUACGUUGGCCUGAGAUGCCACCCGGGUCCGGAAGUGAUGUGCGGUUCUGGGAAAGCCACCGUGGUGUGCUCGAGCGAGGUGGGGAGUUGGUCCUAUUCCCAGCGCCAGAGCCGGAACUUGUGUGUAGGGGAAGGCACCGCCAAGAAUGACCUCAUGGUUUUCAGUCCCAACUUCCCUAACUCUGCGGUGAACGGGGAGAAAGAGAUACGGCAGGAGCUUACGUCGAAUUCAAGUGGACAGUUCAGACCAAUAAGGUUGUGGCAGGAUGGCUCUGGCCAGGUGAUCUUGGAUGGCAUUGUGUUGCAGCUGCCAAGCUCUCGAAUGGGGCUUGCAGCUACACAGGAUGAAUUUUAUCUUUCAAACAGUCACCGGCACAGCUCCGCGUCAGCUAUGGCUGUUUUCCGGGGAGACUCCCUGGUAACGAGGCAGCUGCUGCGGCUGGUUCUGUUGCACACGGCCUGGGAGGUGGGCAGCGGCCAGGUCCGUUAUUCCGUGCCGGAGGAAUCCAAACACGGCACCUUUGUGGGCCGCCUGGCCCAGGACCUGGGGCUGGAGGCGGCGGAGCUGGUGUCUCGCAUGUUCCGGAUGGUCUCCAGCGGCAGGAGAGACUAUUUUGAGGUAAAUUUGCAGAGCGGCGUUUUGUUUGUUAAUUCGCGACUAGACAGGGAAGAGCUGUGCGGCCAGAGCCCCAGGUGCGCCAUUGACCUGGAGGUGAUAGUGGACAAACCCCUGAGGAUAUUUCACGUGGAAGUGGAGAUACAGGAUAUAAAUGACAAUGCUCCUGUGUUCCCCGUAAAUGAGCAAAACCUGAGUAUAGCAGAAUCACUAACGCUUCCAGGUUCGCGCUUCCCUCUAGAGGGCGCUUCUGACGCAGAUAUUGGUACAAACUCUCUGCUAACCUAUAAACUCAGCCUAAAUAAUUAUUUCACUUUAGAUGUGCAAGUAAAAAAUUACCACAGUACAUUGCCGGAACUUGUGCUUAAGAAACCUCUGGACAGAGAGGAAACCCCUGAGCAUCGUUUAUUACUCACCGCCACAGAUGGGGGCAAACCGGAGCUCACCGGCACUGUUCAGCUGGUGAUCACGGUGCUGGAUGCGAAUGAUAACGCGCCUGUAUUUAACCAGUCUGUUUAUGAGGUGAGUUUGUUAGAAAAUGCAGGUCAUGGAACGUUAGUCAUUACACUUAAUGCCUCGGACUUGGACGAAGGAAUUAAUAAAGACAUUUCAUACUCCUUUAGUAAUCUACUCCCAUUCAGUGUGAGGAAAUUAUUCAGCAUUGAUGCUGAUACUGGUGAGAUCCGACUUAAAGGAGAAGUCGAUUAUGAAGUCAAAACCCUGUAUGAAAUUCGAGUGGAAGCCAGAGAUAAAAGCCCAUUUCCCUUGACCGGACAUUGCAAUGUUUUGGUGGAAAUUUUGGACAUUAACGAUAAUGCCCCCGAGUUAAUAAUAACGUCUCACUCUCUGCCGGUGCCGGAGGACGCUCCCCCGGGGACAGUGGUGGCUCUGAUUAGUGUCUCUGACCGGGACUCGGGAAACAACGGCAAAGUCACCUGCUCCAUCCCCCCGAACCUGCCCUUUCGGCUCGUCUCCACCUUUAAGAAUUAUCACUCGCUGGUGCUGGCGGAGGCCGUGGAUCGGGAGCGAGUGUCUGAAUAUAAGCUCGUGGUGACAGCCAGAGACGAAGGGGCCCCGUCUCUGUCGGCCAGCAGCAGCAUUUUGGUGCCGAUCGCGGAUGUGAACGAUAACGCCCCCGCUUUCCCUCAGCCCGUUUACACGGUGUUUGUGAAGGAAAACAACCCUCCCGGGACUCAUCUCUUGACCGUGUCGGCCUCGGACCCGGACCUGAGGGAAAACGCCUUUGUGAGCUACUGGGUGGUGGAGCGAAGUGUGGGAGAGCAGCCCCUGUCCAGCUACAUCUCGGUGCACUCGGAGAGCGGGCACAUCUAUGCCCUGCAGCCCUUUGACUACGAGGAGCUGCAAGUGCUGCAGUUCCAGGUGAGCGCGAGGGACGCCGGGUUGCCGUCGCUGUCCGGGAACGUGACUGUGCAGCUCUUUGUCCUGGAUGCAAAUGACAACGCGCCCGCAGUGUCCCCGGCCGGCUCCGUCGGCGGCUCGCCCGGGCCCGAGCUGGUUCCGCUGUCGGCCGGCGCAGGGCAUGUGGUGGGCAAGAUCCGAGCGGUGGAUGCGGAUUCCGGCUACAACGCGUGGCUUCGCUACGAAGUGCAGGAGCCCGGGGCUGCGGGGCCUUUCCGGGUGGGUGUGUACAGCGGGGAGAUCAGCACGACGCGGGCCUUGGAGGAGGCGGACGGCCCCAGCCAGAGACUCGUGAUCCUGGUGAAGGACCAUGGGGAGCCGGCGCUGUCAGCGACAGCCACUGUCAGCCUGUCCCUGGUGGAGAGUCCCCAGGCUGUGAAAUGGGACUCGAGGCCAAGGGGCGGGAGCGAAGGGCCCUUGGUUGACAUGAACGUGUCUUUAAUGAUCGCCAUUUGCUCGGUGUCCGGGCUGUUUGUGCUGGUGAUUGUCGUGUACGUUGGUCUGAGAUGCCACCCGGGUCCGGAAGUGAGGUGCAGGCCUGGGAAAGCCACCGUGGUGUGCUCGAGCGAGGUGGGGAGUUGGUCCUAUUCCCAGCGCCAGAGCCGGAACUUGUGUGUAGGGGAAGGCACCGCCAAGAACGAUCUCAUGGUUUUCAGCCCCAACUCCUCGGGGAAUGUGAGCAUAGAGAAACCUCAACAGGAACUGACACUGAAGUCUUCUGCGGCGCCAAAACAACCCAAUCCUGACUGGCGUUAUUCUGCAUCCCUAAGAGCAGGAAUACAAAGUGCUGUGCACAUGGAGGAUGCAGGAGUCUUACGAGGAGGGCCGGGAGGACCUGAACAGCUGUGGCCAACAGUAUCCAGUGCAACACCAGAACCUGAGGCAGGAGAGGUGUCCCCCCCAGUGGGAGCUGGUGUGAACAGCAACAGCUGGACCUUUAAAUAUGGACCUGGCAAUCCCAAACAAGCUGGUCCCGGUGAGUUGCCAGACAAAUUCAUUAUCCCGGGAUCUCCUGCGAUCAUCUCCAUCCGGCAGGAACCACCAAACAGCCAAACUGACAAAAGUGACUUCAUAACCUUUGGCAAGAAGGAGGAGACCAAGAAAAAGAAGAAAAAGAAGAAGGGAAACAAGACUCAGGAGAAAAAAGAAAAGGGGAACAGCACCACUGACAACAGUGACCAGUGAGGGGUUUAUACUGUCAGAACCCACUUAGCCAUUUUUUUUAAUAUUGGCAGAUCUCUCCUAUGUAGCAACUCCCAACUUCUUCCUACUGUUAACAAAUUUCCUGUAUAUAUAGACUUCAGAAAUCAGCAGGAAGUUCACAGUGUCUAUCUAGAUUGCUUAACAGGUUUUGUCAUGAAAGCUUUAUUAAGUCUGGUGUUAACUUUUUUUCUCCACUCUGGCUUGUUUUCAGACUCUAAAAAGCAGACACAAGUUUCCUUUCUCCUACGCCGAAAAGGAGAAUCUUCACAGUACAGCCAGUGAGAGGUUGGACUCUCUGCAUUGUGAUUCCUGUGAUCCUGUCUUGAUGACACUUACAGGACAAGUUUAAAAGUUUUAAUAUUGUGCACCCUGUGUCUGAUUGGAAACAUUUGUGUGCAGAUGUGAGCUAGGUGAUACAAGAUCAGAUUAUAAAUGCAAGAAGAGCUGGUAAAAUAUGAACAACAAAGGAAACACCUAAUGAAUGUAGUGGUGAGAGAUGUUCAGGCUGGGGAGGAAAUGUCUCAAGGGAGAUGACCAGAUUUUUUGAAUAUAGAUACUAGCUGUGUGGAAUACUGAGUCUUUUGCAUGACGUAUUGUACACACUCCAGGAAAGAAAAGCUCACAUUUACAGCUCUUUAAGAUAUCAUAAAGUAUAACUCUCACCAAGCCAUUGGCUAUAUUGUCAUUAUAAGUCCUGAUUAUCCUAGCAAGGAUGUCCCUCAAAGUGAGACAACAAGGGAUGGGCUGACAUCUAGGGAACGUAACUGACUGUGAUGUUUCCUGUACAUCCCUGUUUCCAGUCUAUUUAACAUUCUUUUGCACUUAAUGUCUCUGAAAAGGUCAGAGUAUUUUCCACAACAGAUAUGCAAAAGUGAGAAAAAAGAAACACAUUAUCUAUGCUUUUUGUUAUUUGAUAUAUUUAUUUAUAAAGAAAAUAUAGCUGUAAAUGUUAAAGAAAUAUGAUGCCCUUUAACCCAAACAGAAGUCAAUCUACAGCUACUAGAAAUUAUAAUUGCUGCUAUUAAAGUGCUUUAGAAAAAAUGCCUGAAACACCUGUAUUAUAUCGGCCACUUGCCAAUCACAGCUUUAUUCUGUUGGGUCACUCGGGCGCUGCCUCUUGCAUGUAUUAAUAAAUACAAGAAUAUAAUUUUUUGCAGUAAUCUGCACUUUGAAUACACAACAUUUGCAAACAAACUGUCCUAAUAUAAAGAAGCAGAAGCAAACUAUUUCUCACACAAGAUCUACUAACCUGCUAGCUCUGUGCAGUGUCUUGGUGUUAUCUCCCACACAACCUUUUUUGGUUUUUGUUUUACUUUUCAAUGAGGUUAUGAAUUGCUGACCCUAUUAACACUCAUUAUGUAAAAUUCAAGUACUGUAUGUAUGCUGUAUGCUCUUAUAAGAAUCCUGAAAUAUUUAUUCUGUGCUUGUGUAUGUGAAUGUCAAUGGAACUAUUACCUAGAGUGGACUUUAAGCUUUAUUGUUGAAUGUAAAUCCAUUCUUUCUUUUUUGUACACUUGUGGAAAAGUGGAGUAGUGUUAAUUUUUUAAGCCACUGUUGGUUAUCGGUUUUUGUGUAUGAAACACAAGUAAAAUAUCUUUCUUAAAUCAAGCAA